ACAAGUAAUGAACUCAUAGCAAAUAUAAAUAAAAUACUAAAAUGAUUUAUUUACAACAAAAAAAAAGUGUGCCAAAAGUUUUAAUUGACUAAUAGCAACACAUAUCUCAAACAUAUAUAAAUAAUGUGCCAAAAAAAAGAAGAAUUUGACUGAAUAUCAAAAAUUAAUAAUGGGCCAAAAAUAACACUUGACUUUGAACAUACAAGUUAAUUUCCGGUCAACAUAUAAUUUUGUUUCAUAUAUGCAAAAACACUCUUAAUUACAACUGAAGUCAAACCCAGCUUAAUUACUUUCCAAUCAAAUUUUCUAAUAUAUAUAUAUGUAAUGCUUUAGAAAGCAAUCUUCAAAAUAUCUCAAGUCUCUCGAGCAAAAAAAAAACCCUAAUUCUGUACUUUAGACGAGACUCCAUUACUCUAAACAUGUCGUAUGGUUCGUGGUUUUUAGACGAGACUCCAUUACCAAAACUAGGCUUUCUCGGCCAAGGCAACAAUGGCUAUGUCACCCUGGUUCGAAACGGCGAUGGACUACUCAUGGCUAAGAAAACAUCUUUCCUCAGAUACUCAGAGGAUCUCGAGAAAGAAGUAAGGAUCAUGGAUCGCUUCUUUUCAAUCAAUUUCAACACCGUGAGAGCCACGAGCCCUACCGUUUCCUAUGAAACUAUGCCUUUCAACGUGAAAGUCUGUUCCAUUCACAUGGAAGUCGCACCGCAUGGUUCACUCAAAGACAUGCUGACCAAAGCCGGUGGGACAUUACCCGAGAACGUCAUCGGUUAUUGCAUUUUUCAGGUUCUUGAAGGGAUCAGGGAUCUUCACCAACACGGUUAUGUCCAUUGUGAUCUCAAGCCAGAGAACAUACUCAUCUUCCCGAGCUACGCUCAUGAAGAUCUUUGCGAGCUCAAACUUGGUGACUUCGGUUCGGCUAAGGAACCCAAUGGACCUGAUCCAGUGGAUGGGUCUUUGUUCGAGGACAAUCCGGAGUAUUUGGCUCCUGAGGCCGUCGGGCCACGUGGAAUGAUCUCGUCGGCGGUUGAUAUCUGGUCCUUAGGUACCAUGGUGAUGGAAAUGAUGGGGGUUACUAUAAGAGGAAGGAGUGAUUACGUGCGGAGGACUCUAUCGCAGAUGACUAGGGACUUUGUGAGGAGAUGUAGAGAGCGGAAUCCGGGGGCUAGAGCCACUGCGGAGGAGCUCAUGAGUCACGAGUUUGUUAACCAAAGUCUUGGGGUUCCACCACUUGAGCUGCUUCCAGUCCCUUCUUGCUUAAGUAAUGGAGUGGUUCAAGGAAGGCUUUUCUAGAGGAUGUAUGCUGGAAUGUGAUGAAGAGGAAUGGCUUUGAUUUUCGUUAGUGUCAAGUUAUUGUCGUUUAAAAUAAUAAAUUAUUGUCGUUUAGUUUGCAUUUCGUUUUGUUUCUUGUGAUAAAAAAAACAUUUUGUUUCUUAUUAAUAUAAAGAUAAACUAUGUUCUUAUAGCAUUGUGAUCCGUGUUUUUAUCAAUAUAUUGUUGUGUUCUUAUAACGAACGUCCAAGACAUGGACCUUUCAUUACUUAUCUGAUGAGUGGAACACUUUCUAAACAGUUGGUAAUCUUCACAUUCGAGAUUUCAACACAUCUCAUCAGGUGAUAACAAUUGUUUUAGACAAAAAGGAUUAUAAGUCGCAAAUGGAGAUCAAAAGAACUUUUGUUUUAGGACCAAAUAGCUUACUGAACAAAUAAUAUUGCGGUGGGUUUGUAGAUAAUUUAUAGAGUGUUUUUGUCUUUUUGUUUAUCCGAUUAUCAAUAAGCAUGAUUUUUUUUUCCGUAUGAAAAUAAAUUUUGAUUUCUAUGAGCCACAAAAAUGAAAGAAUAACGAGCCAAAAAUAAGUUAAAAAAAAAAACAGAGAUAAACACAUUCAUAUAUAUGAUUUGGGAAAUUGAUCAUAUAGAGAAGAGUCUGGUGAAGAAAAUUCCGGAAGAUUUGGUGGGAUUUUGAAGACAGGAGACAUGAACAUAUCUCCCUAGCUUGUCCACUUGUCUUGCCUCCCCGGUUGUGUCUUUUUUUGCAUAUCUAAUAUCUUACAUGUUUUGUCCACCCAUCCUUCCUCCACACAUGAUCCAAUACAACAUUUAUAUAAACGAGUUAUUUUUGGGUUUACCCCCUAGGGUGAAUCUAAAGGUUCACCAUCCAAUAGAAUUUCAUUAUUUCAAAUUCGAUAUCUUUUAAAAAAGAAAACAAAAUAUUAUCAAUUUAUUUUAUGUUUUUAAAAUAAAAAAGUAAAAAA